ACAACAACACAACAAGAGAAGGCCACAACAAGGGUCAAUAAGAAGGAAGAGAAGGAGGAAGCCAGAGAAUUUGGUGGACCAAUAGGUUGUCUUGCUGUUAUGAUAAUUUCACAUAUCAUUCCAUACUAUUAUUGGUAUUGUUUGGAAUUUACUGAUUCUAAAUUAGUGUGGUUUUGGGAUGUAGAUUGGUCUGCUGCAUGGGAAAUUGCUCAACCAAAUUGGACUGCUUUUAAUAUUUAUAUGGGAUUCAUCGUUUAUGAAGGUGUUUUGGGUUGGUUAAUUCCUGGUGACUUAUAUGAAGGUUUACCACUCGAACAUGAAGGUGGCAAAAAGUUGAUUUACAAUUGUAAUGCCAUCCACGUCUGGUAUAUUACAUUGCCACUCAUUGGUAUCUUGUAUGUUACUGGAAUUGCUCCAGUCUCAAUGCUCUAUGAUAAUUUUGCUCCAAUUUUAACUGUUGCCAUUAUUUUCAGUAAUCUUGUUGCUAUCUUUACCUAUUUCUAUACUAUUGCAACUGGAAAUGAACACAGAUUGUCUGGAAGUUUCCUCUAUGACUUUUUCAUGGGAGCUGUUUUGAAUCCUAGAUUAGGAUCUUUGGAUUUGAAAAUGUUCACUGAAGCCAGAAUUUCAUGGGUCUUGCUCUUCUUGUUGACACUCUCUGCAGCUGCCAAACAAUAUGAAGAACUCGGAUACAUUACCACACCAAUGAUUUUCAUGUUAACUGCCCACACAAUUUAUGUCAAUGCCAUUAUGAAGGGUGAAGAAUGUGUUCCAUCAUCAUGGGAUAUCUUUUAUGAAAAAUGGGGUUGGUUGUUGAUUUACUGGAAUUUGGCUGGUGUUCCAUUCGUUUACUGUUUCUCAUCCAUUUACAUUUACAAGAAGGGUGAAGAAAUUAACAUGCCUUGGUGGUACAAUCUCUGUAUUUUCAUCUUGCUCUUUGUUGCUUACUAUUUCUGGGAUACUGCUCAAAGUCAACGUAACAGAUUCCGUAUGAAGAAGAAUGGUACUUUCAGAGAAAGAAAGACUUUCCCUCAAUUGCCAUAUGGUACUUUGCCAGAUAAUGCCAAAUGUCUCAAGACUAAGGCAGGUAGUGAAUUGUUGGUUGAUGGUUGGUGGGCUUAUGCUCGUAAAUUGAACUAUACUAUGGAUACCACAAUGGGCUUGACAUGGGGUUUGAUCUGUGGAUUUGGAAGUUUCAUUCCAUACUUUUAUUUCAUCUUCUUCUUCUGUAUGAUUAUCCAUCGUUAUCACAGAGAUUCUGAAAGAUGUAAGAGAAAGUAUAAGGAAGAUUGGGACAAAUAUUGUGAAACUGUCAAGUACAUUUUCAUUCCAGGAAUUAUUUAAACUCACAUCUUUUCUAGGAUUUAAUUAAAAAUUGAUUUUC